AUGGCCAGCGCUGGCGCGUGCAUGAGGUGCCUUUCAAGGCUGCCGUCCGGGACCGGCGCCGCGGCCCUGAGGUCCCAACGGGCGUGGCUGCCGGCCACCGGACGAGCACUGGGUGCAACCACAACUUAUGCCCGGGGCAAAAGGCUUUUCGGGCAUACAUCGAGGCUAGGCGAGAGGGUCGUCAAGCCUCCCAAGACCGUCCCUGCCGAAGAACUGACGGGCAAGGCGGGGGCAUCAGCCGCGUCCAACGUCUCACACAAGGCCUUUUCAGACGUUGCCUUUGCCUUUGACAUCGAUGGCGUCCUGUACCAGGGCAACCGCGGCAUCCCCGGCGCGCGGGAGAUGCUGCGAGCGAUUCACGCCCUCGGCAUGCGCUAUGUGUUCCUGACCAACGGCGGGGGCGCGCACGAGGAUGCCAAGGUGCGAUCGCUGGCCCGGCGGUUGGGGAUGAGUGACGACGAGGAUGCCCUCCGUGGGCGCGUCAUCGUUUCGCACACGCCAAUGCGCGGGUGGGCGGACAGCGUCAAGGAACAGACGGUGCUGAUUACGGGGUCGCACCCAGAGACGGCGCGCCAGAUUGCCAUUGAGUACGGUUUCAAGCGGGCAGUGACUCCCGCCGAUCUGAUUCACGCCAACGACAAGCUGUAUCCGUUUGACAACCUCAAGGAGAGUCUUCACUCGCAGUUCAGGCCGCUGCCCGACGGCAAGUCGGCGUCGAGCAUCGAGGAUGCCUACAGCGCCGACGUCCCGGCCGACGCGCUGCGAAUCGACAAGAUCCUGGUGUGGAACGACCCGCGAGACUGGUCGCUCGACAUCCAGGUGAUCCACGACCUGCUUGUCUCUCACCGGGGGUACCUGGGCACGGUGUCGAGCAAGAACGGCGACGCGACGCUGCCCAACUACGGGUGGCAGCAGGACGGGCAGCCGGAGCUCUGGAUCUCGAACAUGGACCUCUUCUGGAAGACGGACUACCCGGUGAACCGGUUCGGCACGGGGGCGUUCGUCGAGGCGCUGCGGGGCGUGUGGUCGGCGGUGACGGAGGGCGCGGCGGAGCUGCAGUUCCACGCGCUGGGCAAGCCGUCCGAGUACACGUACGAGUACGCGCACGAGCGGCUGCUGCACGACUACGGCGACGCGGGCUCGGUGAACGGAGCGCAGCUGCAGCCUUGGCAGUCGCCGCCGCCGCAGCAGCAGGAUGGCAGCAGCAGCAGCAACGAGGGCAACGUCGACGGCACGCGGCACCCGCUGCGGAGGGUGUACAUGAUUGGGGACAACCCGGAGAGCGACAUCCGCGGGGCCAACGGGUUCGCGCCGGCGGACGGGACCGAGUGGAAGUCGAUCCUGGUCAAGACGGGGGUGUGGCGCGCGGGGACGGAGCCGUCGCACCGGCCCGACGUGGUGGUGGACGACGUGGUGGACGGCAUCGUGUGGGCGCUGCGCAACGAGGGCGUCGACGUGACGAGGGAGACGCUGACGGGCGGCGGCGGCGCAUGA